AACUAAAAAAGGAAAACCCACCAACUUCAAUCGUCAUCGAUGAAUCAUUUCCCAAACCAUUUCAUCAAUUUCCCCUGCCAAAUCUCAUCCUUCCACCCUCCUAUAUAACCCACAUAACUAAGUUAACCUGAGGGAGACGAGAAAGUUGUAAGAUAUAAGAGCAAAAUGGAAGCUGUUGUAGCAUCGAAACCAGUGAUUAAAGUUGCUGCCAUUUGUGGGUCUUUAAGGAAAGCCUCUUACAACAGAGGCUUAAUUCGAACCGCUUUGGAGCUUACCAAGGAGUCCAUUGCUGGGCUUCAAAUGGAAUACAUAGACAUUUCACCACUUCCAAUGCUGGAUACAGAUCUGGAAGUUGAUGGCAAGUUUCCCCCUGCGGUUGAGGCUUUCAGGCAGAAGAUUUUGGAGGCUGAUAGCAUCCUUAUUGCUUCCCCUGAAUACAACUAUUCUCUUACUGCGCCUCUGAAGAAUGCACUUGACUGGGCUUCAAGACCACCAAAUGUAUGGGCAGAUAAAGCGGCUGCCAUCGUAAGCGCCGGAGGAGGCUUUGGUGGUGCGCGAUCACAUUAUCAUCUUCGCCAAGUUGGGGUUUUCCUUGAUCUACAUUUCAUCAAUAAACCCGAGUUUUACUUGAAUGCGUUUCAGCCUCCGGCAAAGUUCGAUAGUGAUGGCAACCUUAUUGACGAGGAUUCCAAGGAGAGAAUGAAGCAAGUUCUUCUUUCCUUGCAAGCAUUUACCCUCCGACUCCAACCUAAAAACUGAGUAAACUAAUCAAGUGUUUCAGUCUUUUCCCAAUUCUUCCAUUGUUAUUGUGAUGGAUUACAAUUUGCUGUCAUUUUUAGAGUUUCUUUUGAAAUGGUGUUCUUAUGUACUAAUAAUAACAAAUGCUAUUUGUAAGCGUAAAUAACGGUUUAAAGGUUAUAGUGCAACGGAAAAGAUUGAACAUAAA